AAGUAGCUGCCCGUCUUGCAACGUUUGUCUUUACAAGUGUUCGCCGCCUCGCGGUGAGACGAAGUCGGCGUCGGUGUCGGUGUCGGCGUCGGCGUCGGCGGCGACGAUGAUGAUGGCGAUGGCCCCCGAGCCUCCCGGCGGCUCGUUCACGGCGGCCGCUUACGCACGACGGCCACGCACGACGACGAAGACGACGAUGACGGCGGCGGCGGCUCGUUUCUCCACGCGUGUGACGUAACGCAACGAACGUCGAGUACGUAUUUAAAGCAGACAAUGUGCUGCCAAUUAGCGAGGAGGAGCGGCAAGUUGACCUGCGGCGACCCGGGCGAGGGGCGCUGCGAGGCUUCUCGGCCCGUUCACGGCACGACGCCGCCAGACGUGUGUUCAUGAUGGACGAGGCCGCCAGCCGGCUGGAGCGAGAGCACGUGCACGGCGUCUACGACAAGAUCGCGCCCUACUUCAACGACAGCCGCUACAAGGCCUGGCCCAAGGUGCGCCAGUUCCUGCUCGACCAGACGCCCGGGAGCAUCGUCGCCGACGUCGGCUGUGGCAACGGCAAGUACCUGGACAUCAACGAGAACGCGUUCAAGCUGGGCUGCGAUGUCUGUCGCCCCCUGGUGGACUUUGCCGGCUGCCGCGGGCACGAGGUGCAGGUGUGCGACGGGCUCCGCUUGCCUUACCGGGACGGCUGCUUCGAUGCUGUGCUCUCCAUUGCAGUCAUCCACCAUUUGUCCACCAAAGAACGUCGUAUCCGAGCAAUAAAGGAGAUGGCUCGCACGCUGCGAACGGGGGGCCGCGUCAUGAUCUACGUGUGGGCCAUGGAGCAGAAGCGGCGCAAAUUCGAGAAGCAGGACAUCUUCGUUCCGUGGAACCCCAACCCUCAGUCGCCCGACGCCGAGCCCUUGCCGCCGCGACGGCGGGCGGCGGCCCAGAGCGCCGGCGACGCCGCAGACGACGGCGACAAGCACAGGAAGGUCCGAAGCACAUCGUCCGUGGCCGACGCCGCGCCGCCCGUGCCGAGCAAUCACAGACUCUGGUUCUUCUCCCGCUCCCUGGACUCGGUCUUCGACUUCGGGAGCUCGUCCAUCUCCCGCUCGUCGUCCCGGGAGCUCGGCGCUUUAUCGCCCACCGGCGGGGAGAGCGAGGGCUGGGGCGCGGCGGGGCUUCGGAGCCGAGGGCGGGGCCUCAUACAGCAGUUCUCCAGCUUCUUCUCCCCGCCGUCGACGGUCGGAUCCGAGGAGGACGUCUUCGGCUCUGCCACAGAUCUGCACAAGGAGCCCGAAGAUUCCAAAGAGGAGAGCGUCGGCGUGGCCCUGGCGCAGGAGUGCGGCGCCCUGGCGCUGCCCGACCUCGUCCCCUUCCAGAGGGAGCGCCCGAGGCGGGAGAGCGCGGCGGCGAGUCCGCCGGCCGACGGCUCCUGCCUGAGGUACUACCACGUGUUCAGGGAGGGCGAGCUGGCCGAGCUCAUCGGGAGUCACGUGGAGGAACUCCUCGUCCGGCACGCCUACUUCGACCACGCCAACUGGUGCGUGGUGGCCGAGAAGGUACAGCCGUGGAAAAUCUGACUUUCAUUUAUUCAUUUUUAUCGUCUGCCUAUGAGUUUUAGCACUGAAUCUCAGUUUUGAACCUGACAUCUCAGUUUUAACUGGAUGAUUGAUUCUUGGCGUUGAGUCUUACAACCACAAAAGUUACUCUGUGGCUGCAACACAUGACUGUUCCUUGAUUGAAUUUGAUUCCAAUUCUGGGGGUCUCGGAUAGACCCGCUUUUUACAUGCGCGUCAAGUGAUGAUUUCACUGCCCAGAUAACGGUUAAUCCAAUUUAAAAAUUAAAAGCCAUCAGUCCAAAUGAAAAUUUUAAGAUUGUAUUAGUUUUAAGAUGGAUGAAAAAUCCUGCAGGGAUUUGCUAACGGUGUGGCAAAAGUCAAAACAUUAGGCACACUCGGAGAGCCAAAGCAAUAACGCUCAUCGAGACCAAAAAAAAAAUACACACAUUAGAAAAGCCCAGCAAUGUUUGACAAAAACAUAUUCGGACAAUUUGAUUGUCCGCCUCGGAGCUUUAGCACUGAAUCUCUGUGUUUACUUGACGAUUCCAGAAGUUUCGGGUCUUACGAACUCAAGUUACUCCGUGGCUGGAACGCGCGACUGUUUCUUUUGAAAAUCUCUCUUCAGUGUUUGUCGGACCCAAUUUGCUGUUUACGUGUGAUCCGACUUUCAGAAGCGAGGCACCCUUGCGGGGGAAAAAAUUUGAACGUUUUAAAUUUUGCUGCAUGCUUUGAAUGGGGGGAAGUGGUGCCAUCUGGUGGACAAAUUUAAAAGUGGAAAUGCAGCAGCCCAUAGUAAAUCAAUUUGAAAAAAAUGUAUUGGUUCAAGAUAAACAUUUGUCAGGGCACAAAUCAAAACACUCGGCACACUUGAAGAGUAAAAGCAUUAAACCUAAUAUUUCAAAAAUCAUCUAAAAAAAAAUAUUACACCAUAAAGUAUACGUUAGGAAAAAAUACAAUUAUCCCACAACAAUACAAAAAUAUAGUAAAAAUGUUAGAUGAAAAUACAACGAAUUUUUGUUUUUUAAAAAGUACAUUAAAACUGUUUGGGAUUUCAAACAUUAGGCACAUUUGAAGAACCAAAGCAAUAAUGCUCUAAAUAUUACAAAAAAUCAAAUUUGACUGAAAAAUGCACAAAUGUUGGGGAAGAAAAUACACAAACAUUUGGCAAAAAAUGCAAAAAUUAAAUGUUUGAAUUUUCUUUUUUUUUUUAAAUAAUUGUCUGCCUUUUUGAUUUUUAACAGCUCCGUUUUUACUUUGUCGAUGUUUCCAGUCUUACAAAGACAGACGUCACUCCAUGGCUGCAAUGCACGACUGUUCCUUUCAAUCAAUAAAUAAUAGUUCUUCAAAUGGUCUUGUUUACAAAGUGUUCAUUCCACGCGGGCACGACAGCCUGACCGGUCGUCGUGCAGACAUCCAAGUGCGAGCGUUUUUAGUCUGCAAUAGAACUGAUUUGCCUCCCGAGUCUCUUUUGAAGUCUUCAUGUUUUGUUUGUAAGCUUUUUAUUCUUGCCACGUCUUCGUGUUUUUUAAGGUGCGCUUCACACAUUUGCAUGUUACGAGGAGAUGAACUUAAAUGUCUUGAUGUUGCCGUCUCUGUACCCGUUGAUUUAGAAGCAGAAUACGGCGUCGGGCCGCCUCUCAUACUGUGAAUAAACGUUGCACUCUAGCCCCGAGUAUGCCGCCGCCGCUUAUGCUAUACAUGGAAACUUGAAAUAUUGUGCCAAGGAGGUGUGUUUUGUGUUUGUUUGCGUGGACCAACUGGUGUAAAUUGUUUGUUCUUUAUUAAAUGUUUUUUUUCGUCA